UUUCCAUUUAUGGAAAACAAAUGAAUCUUUGCUUAUGUUAUUUGAGCACAAGAUAGUACAGUGGUGUGUGACAGCAGUCCAAAAAGGUUCAACAAUAAAAUUUGGAAUACCCUACAGAGUACAGACACAGCUAGAGUACAUCCUUCAAACAAAAUGAGAGAAUGUCAGCUACAGUCAUAUAACCAGCAGCACAUUUGGGAACAUCUUGCAUUCUGACUCAAAUUUAGGACAUUUGAGAACAUCUUGCAUUCUGAUGAAAUUCAGGUAGGAAAAUGGAUUCCGAAGCAACCCAGGGAACUGAAAAAUAGUACUAUAUCAUGCAUCUGGUGAUAUACCGUCAUGGUUUUAAAUGCCAUAAAACAAUCUUGUAUGAAUCCUAACAGAACAAUCUAAAACAAUUCUAUUUCUCUACUGUCAGAACACAUGUACGCACUCUUUCACUCUCCAAAUUUCAGCAAUCAUCUGUGGUUGCAGGGCUGGCGAUCGCGAUCAUGGGGGUCAGCGGCUGCGGCAAAUCGUAGGAUCUAAUUUCAGCAAUCAUCCCAUCUUCUCUUAUUGCUUGCUCUCUCAACUUCAACACUGAAGAAGACAACAUGGGGAGCAGCAGCUGCCCUCUGCUCUGCUCUUAUGCGAAUUCUUUGCCGCAGGACCGAGGCGGCGAUGCUCGCCAACGCGCUGGGCUGCGGCUUCGUCGAGGCGGACGACCACCACUCCCACGCCAACAAAGGUACUACCUGCAGUGCCAUGUCUGAAGCUUCUUCACCUGAGAGCAAACUCUCAACUUCUGUGUCCCUUCCCUGCCCAUGUCGAACAAAACAGAGAAGAUGAGCAGGGGCGUCCCACUCACGGACGAGGACCUCCUCCCGUGGCCGGAGUCGCUGCGCGACGCCAUCAGAGAGCGGCUGGACCGCGGCGAGGACGUCGCCGUCAGCUGCUCGGCGCUGCGGCUCAAGUAUCAGCCGAGCGGCGAGACCGGGACGAGCGGCGCGAGUGCCGUGCAGGCGGCCGGACUGAGCGGCUAUGGCGCGCGGGCACAAGAGCGACCGGCGAUAGCGGUCGGGCCGAGCGAGCGACGACGGCGACCGGGCAGGCGGCGUCAGCAGGUGCUUGUGUGGUUCGUUCUCUCCUCUGCUCGAACGAGAAUACCAGAUGCAGAUAAUCAGAUCUCAGUAUGUAGUAUAUUGUAUACAUAGAAUCAGGGGCAGUUUGGUCUUUUCCCGUGCUUAUAAAUGGAAAAAGAAAAAAGAAAAUCACUAAAAGGAGGAAAGUGGCAUAGUAAUCAAGGAGGGAACGAGCAAAGUGGCAAUAUUGCGAAGCCCAUCUUGAAAGUGGCAAUUUUGAGAAGCCAUGUAUUGAAAGUGGCAAAUAUCCAAUUUUCUCGCGUGGGGGUGGGACACCGCGUGGGGGUGACCGCUGGACGCUGGCGGGCGGCCAGCCGGCCUCCUUCCCUCUAGUGCCUCCGUGAGCCGGUGAGCAGCUGCCCUCGCUGGAUCUCUGUCUAUAUCUCGCCUCUGCAAAUUGUAGGAAGUUCAGUUAUUCUGAUUCUGAAGUUUAUUUCACCUUAUUUGAGGAAAAGUUGGGGUAUUUAUUCAGUUGGAGUUCGUCAUGUAUUUCACCUUAGUCGAGGAAAAAGUUCGUCAUCUAGC